AUGAUCCUUGUUCUGCUGACGCAGGGAAUGACCGCUUGACUCUCCUGCGAAAGAUGGUUACGAACGGAAUAAUCUACAUCUCCGCGCCAUUGUGUCAUGAACAAAGGGGCUUUGUUCAACAAAGGUUAGCAUGUCUAUGACCAGGCAUCGCGCUAGAUAUAUAAGACAUGCCUCGCUGAAGGUGGGUUCAUCUCCCUCUCCCUUUUCUCUCAUCACAGCAAGGCUCGGGCAAGACCACAUCAUAAAUUAUGUCUUGCUCAGCGCUCUGCUCGAUUUGUCUGGAAUCUAGGGCAUUCCCGGAGCAGCUAUUGUUCUUUGCCGCUUGUGGCCAUGGCUUCUGCGAACGAUGCCUUUCUCGCAGUCGUACCGACAAAUGCCCAGCGUGUCGUACGCCGAGCUGCAGGCAUUACCCUCCACGCAAAAUAUUCGUUGACCUCAUCAUCUCGGAAGCCGACCGCCACGCCACUGCGCCUGCCGAGGUCGUUAAUCUUCAGAAGCAGAAGUUCGAUAAUGCGCGUAUGCUGGCGGAGCUCCGCGAGGUAAAGGACGCGCUCGAAAGUGAGCAGCGCCGCGUGCGCGCGCUGGAGGAAGAGCGCGACCGAACGAAGAUCGAGUGCAUCUGGAUGAAGCAAGAGCGCGACAGGACGAGAGAAGAACAUGACCAGAGGACGAAAGAGCGCGACGAGCUGCUGAGGGAGCUCCGCGAGGCCGAUGAGAAGCUGGCCGCGAUGCAGAUUGACAACCGGGAGAUGCAGAGGGUGGCAAUCGGGAGCAAAGCGCAAAGGCGGGGCCUCAACCGUGAUGUCAUGCAGGACUGUGAUGAGCUCGGGGCGCACGAGCGCGUGCGUAUGGAGGACAUCAAGGCUCUGCAAGAGAAAAACCUAGAGCUAUUCAGGGAGCUCAUGGAACAGACUUUGAAGAUCAAGUCGCUUUCGGAGCCCGAUGCAGCCGUGCAGUCGGCGCAGGUUCAGCACCAGUCCGCGAGGGUGGUGCGGCGAGGAGGUGCAGGCGACCUCCGAGAACGCUUCUAUAUCGCCGCUGCAGAAGGACACCGCGUCGAGGCAGGGCGGCGCGCCGAAGCAGGACAUCGGGUUACCGAAACCAGAGAAGUUCCUCGAACUCGAACAGAGCUCCGCGCGCAGGACGGCCUGAGCGGUGGCGUGUUCCCGCCGACUGUGGAUUCCUUUCCGCUGACCGAGAAUCCCGCCAGUUCCUCGAUCAGCUUCUCCGAUCAAACAAUGGAAGCCAUCCUCUACUCGCUCAGAAAUCAUGAGUAGUGAAUUUCUAUGCUAACCUAAGCGAUCCAAGCAGAGCUCCUCCAUGCCUCGCGCGUGUAUCCUGGACUCGCACAGAUAUAUUUCCACUAAAGCCGACACAGUAGAUCUGUGGCCAUCAGAAUGAAAGACCGGGGAGCAUGCUUCCCUCACGAUAUAAUUCAGCUCAAAACUUACCCAGUCGCUCCUUUACUCUGUUUUUCCCUGUUCUGGUGGAUGCUCCGACAUGAACCUCAAGCGAGUUAAUGUACUUAUAGUCUUUGUUGUCGUUGUCACCAUAUGCCCGAAG